UUCUUCUCUCCCUCUAAACACAAUUAUCAUUAUAUAAGUGCACAGUGAAACUCACACAUAAUAUUGUACUAGUAUAGUUUUUAUUUACAAUUAAAAGUCAGCGCCAAGAAAAUAAAUCUUUCCUCGUACAUAAGCAGUGAUCUGAUGGAUGAUGACUGGGAUCUCCACGCCGUGGUGAGAGGCUGCGCCGCCAGCUCAACAACCACUACAGUCGCCACCACCGCAGCCGUCGAUGCCCCUUUUCCACCUUUCCAUUGCAACGCCCAAAACCCCUUCGAUUUUUCUGUGGAUGUCAGAAACGAUCCUUUCCAAGGUUUGCGAGAAAUCUACCAAGAAUUCUGCGGCGAGGAUCCGCCGCCAACCUCCGCCGCCGCCGCCAGCGUAACGCCCUCUCCGCCGCAAGCGCAUCAAUAUUUCAUGCAGUUCAAGCCGCCGCCGCUCCGAUUGAAUAUGCCAAUUCAUGAAAAUGUACGGUUUCACAUAGGCUCUUCCCAUCAAAAUUAUCCGGCCACGAUUCCGCCGCCAGUUCGGCCGCGGAGAAGGAAAAAUCUGCAGAUGAAAAUGGUGCGUCAAAUGACACAAGAAGAGCUCUCUGCCGAUUCAUGGGCGUGGCGAAAAUACGGCCAAAAACCAAUCAAAGGUUCUCCAUAUCCGAGAAACUACUACCGGUGCAGCACAUCGAAAGGCUGCGCCGCGAGAAAGCAGGUGGAGCGGAGCCCGAACGAUCCGGAGAUCUUCGUGGUCUCGUACGCGGGCGAGCACACGCACCCGCGCCCGACCCACCGGAGCUCGCUCGCCGGAAGCACCCGCGCCAAGCUGGCUUCUCCGCGGCCUAAACCGGGCGGAGGCGGCGGAAAUGGCGCGCUUUUAUCUCAAAAGGGCCCGAUGUCGGCGGCUGCGGCUUCUUCCUCUUCGUCGCCGGCGGCCCUAGCGAGUUUCUCGCCGGCCACUCCCUCAGUGGAAGGCGAAGGUGUGGCGCAGAGGGAAGACGUGAAGAUGGGCGAGGGGGAAGACGGAGGCGGAGACGACGACGAGAAUAUAAUCAUGAUCCCGAGCGAUAUGAUGAACGAUGAUGACGACAUGUUCAGUGGAUUUCAAGAUUCCGAUGGUCACUCCAGCGACGAGAAUAUAAAUUGAUAGGAAUCAAGGACAAGGAAUAUCUAUCUUCCAUAAACUAUUUCUACUAUAAUAUAUUCUAAUUUGUAUCUUAGCAUUAAAUAUCUGUUUCUAAUUUGUAGUACAUUAAUAUUUGCUGAGUUUAUUUUUGGACUUGUCGAUAUGUACCACCACCAGUCCACCACACUAACUUAUUAGACUACUUUAAUUA